AUGCUUCUCCGCAAUGACAAGUCUUACAACGGCAUAUUCGACCCGCUCCAGAGCCUAACGACUACGGCAUGUACCAGCCAGUAUUCCGGCAACCCCUCUCCGCUCGCUCGUCUACCACGCGAAUUACGCGACCAGAUCUACGAGUAUGCCCUGGGUGCGGACAUGAUGCGCAUAUUGAGUUUCGGCGAGACGAAGAUCAUAAUGCUGCCAAUCUACGCACCGGGUCGCGUGUACUGUGAUCAGGAAGACGGUCUUCCGAUGUGGAUGCUAUCUAGCAAGACGAUUCUGUCUGAAGCACUCGAAGUCUUCCACCGAACGCAGUGCUUUGAGCACAUCGACCUUGCGCCAUACGCCCAAUGGAAACUUUCGCCCACCCGGAGGAACCCCCUGGUACUCAACCAAAAUAUACGUCACGUAAAACUCAACGAGCCACUCGAAGUGGUCGGAAAUUCCUUUCCAUUACCAAGUUCCUGGCAUCCCGGAUAUAACGAUACGUUUCUGAAGUGUCUUGCGUUAUGGAAUCCGCCGGAACUGGACGUACGCUGUGAGGUAUUCUCUAAUAAUCCGGAAGGACCUCGCAUGGAUCCAAGCCAGGUACCAAAGUGGCACAGUAAGGUCCCUGUGCGGAACCCCGAUGUACGUGAUCGGUUCAAACAGCUUCGCGGACGGUGCAGAAGCAUGUCAGUGGAAAUCAAAGUCCCUCACGGUUUUCAGGAGAACGGAAAGCUUUUGGAUAACGCACGAGCUUGGGCUGAGCCUAAGCUCGAGCACAAGAGACAAUAUUUCGCCGACUUAUGUCAGUCGAUUGAGGCAUGGGCGAGGGAAUUGGUUGGCGGAAGCACGCGCUUCUUACUGAAGAACGAGAAUGACGGAAGGAGCAAUUGGAAGAAUGGAACUCCUCCGGGAAAGUACUUUAGGGCCAUAUGCGAGGCGCAAAGACUCGGCUAA